AUGAGGACCUGGCUCGGCCGCGGCCGGUCCCUGCAGGUCGGCAUCACCACCUGCUGCCUCGUCGCCUUCGUCCUCUUCGGCUACGACCAGGGCGUCUUCAGCGGCAUCCUGCAAAACGCCGACUGGCUCGACCAGUUCGGCCACCCGUCCGACACCAAGACGGGCAUCAUCGUGUCGUGCUACAACCUCGGCUGCCUGACGGGGUGCAUUGUCAACUUUUGCAUCGGCGAGCGCCUCGGCCGCCGCCGCACCAUCUGGCUCGCCAUGGCCGUCGUCGUGCUCGGCGCCACCCUCCAAACCACCGCCUACACCGUCGCGCACCUCGUCGUCGGGCGCAUCGUCACCGGCGUCGGCACCGGCAUCAAGACGUCCACCGUGCCGCCCUACCAGGCCGAGCUCUGCGACCGCCAGUCCCGGGGGCGCCUCGUCUCCGCCGAGGUGCUCUUCGUCGGCGUCGGCAUCGUCCUCGCCUACUGGUUCGACUUUGGCAUGAGCUUCGUCGGCGGGCCCGUCGCCUGGCGCCUGCCCAUUGCGUUCCAGAUGGUGUUUGUGCUGGGCGUCGUGGUGCUGGUGUUUGCGCUGCCGGAGUCGCCGCGCUGGUUGUUUAAUCAUGGGCGCGAGGAGGAGGCGAUGGCGGUGCUGUGCGCGGUGCAUGAUCGUGAGGCUGAUGAUCCGUAUGUCGAGUCGGAGCGUCGCGCUAUUCUUGAUGCCAUCGCUCUUGAGAGGCGCGCUGCGGAGAACGAGCCGUCGUCGAAGCUCGCCUCCUUCACCAGCGUCUUUCGCCGCGACGAGGUCCGCACGGGACACCGCGUCCUGCUCGCCUGGGGCAUGCAGUUCAUGAACCAAGUCGGCGGCAUCAACCUCGUCGUCUACUACAUCCCGUCGGUGCUCGUGCAAAACGUCGGCAUGAACCCGCAGCUCGCGCAGAUCCUCGGCGGCUGCAUCAACAUGAUGUUCAUGAUCGGGUCACUGCUCCCGACCUUUGCGCUCGACCGCAUGGGCCGUCGCAAGACCAUGAUGUGGGGGUCCCUCGGCUUGGGCCUCAGCAUGCUCAUGAUCGCGGCGCUCCUCUCGCAGGCCUCCCCGGGGGACACUUCCCCGCGCGCGCACGCCUUCGCCUCCGCCUCGGUCGCCUUCUUCUUCACGUACAUGCUCGUCUUCGGCGGCAGCGUCAACUGCGUCCCCUGGGUGUACGUCGCCGAGAUCCUGCCCCUCGCGGCGCGCACGCGCGGGGCCGCCAUAGGCGUCAGCUCCAACUGGCUGUGGAACUUUACCAUCGUCAUGAUCACCCCCGUCAUCAUCAACAGGCUGCAGUGGAAGGCGUACCUCAUCUUCACCGCCACCAACCUGCUCUUCGUGCCGGUCGUCUACUUCUUCUACCCGGAGACGAGCAACAUCCAGCUCGAGGACAUUGACCGCAUCUUUUCGCAGGGCGGUAAUCCCGUGGCGGUGGCGCGGAAGCUGGAGAGGGAUAUGCGCCUCCGCCGCCGUGGGGAGGGUGACGCCGAGUCGUCAGAGGCGAGCCAGGCCGAGAAGCCGCGUGGAGGCGUCGAGAUGCUCGAGCAUAUACCGCAUUGA